GACACGGCGCCGGUAUCCCAGAACCAUCUGGCGGCUCCGCGGCCGACUCGUCCGCAGGCUUCGUAUGACUGGAGCACGGGCGCUACUCCGCAGAGGACCGACGCGAUGGACACGGACGUUUACACCGGCGCAGCAGAACCAGCCUAUGGGGGAACUCCUCCUCCUGAUCUUCGUAGUCCCUCGCCGCUGCCGCCACCGUUGCCAAGUGUUUCGAUGACCCACCUUGAUCAUAACCGUGUUCCUCAGUCCUAUGUUCCGCCGCCGACGUCGCCGGCAUACGUGUCGAGAUCAAACACACACUUGCUUUCCGUCUACAUCAACGACAUGCGAUCCCGGGAUGAAGAUCCACAGUUCGCAGAGUUCCCUUUGCCUUUACGGACGUCGCCGGACGGACAUAGUUGGACAGUCGAUGCUCAACACCUUUGCGAUGCGUUACAGAACUCAGUUUCUCGGAUAGACGGGCCUGCCAAGGUUUAUGUAAAGCAUGAACAGAAGUACAAGAAGUACUUUCUACGCGUUUCUGCCAACCACGAGGACGAGACGUCCCCUAUGUCCCUUGAAGUCAGGCCGGACAAAUCGAUAGAGAUCUGUGUCGAAUCGGGACCCGCGAAUGCACCAGUCAAACGAUUGAGUGACCGUAAUGCGGCACGCACCUUCCAGUCAUCGUCGGUCAAUUACCAGCAUAAAACAAGCCGUUCAAACACCGUAGCCCCUACUGCACUGAGCCCCAUUGUACCACAAAAGCGUGGAUACUCUCCCGAGCCUCCUCCAAGCGGUCCCUCAUACGGGCACUACGACUCCCGAUCUCCUCCUUUCUAUGGCACCAAGGGAUCGGCUAAGUCGCCAACCUUCCCGCGGCAUGAUAGUCCCAUGGACUGGGAUGCAGGUACACCCGCUGAACCCUACCCAAAGAGAACUAGACAUGAUUAUAGCAGCCCACGGCCUUCUUCUAGUACACGACACUCCGACCGAAUUGACUCUGCACCACCAACGACGCCGACCCCGAACUACUACAGAGAGAGAACUGAAUCCGUUCCCCCGACGACGCCGCAUCGGCGUUAUUACCGGGACAAGUAUGGCCGCCCCCUCGAAGAUCCGCCGCCGCGGUCUGAGAGCCCAGCUGGGCCGGCGCCCGUGCCAGCGACUCGAGCUGCGACUCGGGAAGAAGUGGACAGGAUCAUCGCAGAGCACAUCAGGCUCUCAAUCGAAGAGGAUCCGGAGUGGUUAGAAUGGUACCCUUCGGUCGCUAAACCGCAAAGCGUCCCGGUGGUACUGAAGCGGUAUAGGUAUGCGAAGAAGAAGAUCGAUUUCCACAUGGACCUGGUCACGCCGGACGACCUGCAGGGCGCGCCGAAGGAGCGCAUCCGUCCGGAGCACGUAGUCCAGGCGCUCGGUGUACCAGCCGAAGAAGUCAACAAGUGGACGAGGAACUGUCUUGAUACCCUCAGGUUAUUAGAUCUCUACGGGGAGAAGGGGACGCGUCUACGAGACGCGCAAGUCAUCCGAAUGGCGCAAGAGGAGUACAUGCCAGGUCAACCUGAACACAGUCGACCCAUAAAGCGACUACUUAAGUACCUGAAAGACCUGGAUGACCGCUGGACGACGGAUCAUCCGGAAGAUGCGCCAUCGAGGACUGGUAAGAGAAAGGAGAAGAAGUCAAAGGUUGACUAUGGAACGAGCGCAUUUCGGAUGAAUUGACGACCCUCAAUGAUGUCACAUGUGGAUCCAGCCACAGAAUAAUAUCCGGUGCAAAUCACGUCCAGGGCGACCAGUUCUGAUGUUAAAGCAGAAAUACGUCCCCCUCUCAAGCCGAACGGACUCGUCAGAAUCCAUUUCUAUCGAGAGUCAAACUGCACCGCCAUCAGAUAUCCGGCGACACUCGUGCAAAAUUGGCGCUCACCGUUGGCACCAUGUCAGCUUCUCUUGCCAUCGCGUCGUUCAAGCACCUCGUGACAACGUUUACUCCUUCUUCUACGACAUCCCGAUCCCCCUCCACCACUCGGGGCAGUAGCCUUCGGAACCGAUCCGGAUGCCAUCGUAGGAGGGCCGCUUUCAGCCGCUCUCUCUUCGCCUGGCGCUCAGAAUGCAGGGACGAGAACAAGAAUGCCGUUAUAUCCUCGUGGCGCAGAUCCACGGGAUCAUUUGGACGGACUGCGGUCGGCCAAGGAAUGGAGCGGAAGGAUAGAGAUUGCGUCGUUGAGAGCAUUUCGUUCCAUCGGCUCUCGUAUCCUCGCCAUGCUUCAACUAAUGGGUGAACCGCAGGCCUCUGAUGCGACAUCUCGCGUUCCUUCAGUUGCCGCUGUGCUUGCCUCCGAGCUUCCUCCAUUCGGCCGCUUUCACUAUGCCGUCGCUCUCGGAUGCGGAUAUGGAUACGUUGAACUUCUUCCUCGACAAGCCGCGUUCGCUGCGCUUGUUGCCGAGCUUGCCUUUGGCGACGCGCCUCGUGUUGCAUCCAUCGAUCUGCCUCUGUCUCCCAGUCGAAUGUCGUGGGUUCACGAAGGCCACCAACGUGGCAUCGACUGGACGUUCGCCUGCGCGCUUCCUGUGCGGAAGCAGUAUGUUGGCUGCGAACCCAUCGCAGCGUCCCGUCUAUAGCAUCGCGUGCGUCCUUCCCAUCCUCCCACGGGCGAAGAUUGCCUAGUUCUUCUUCCAAUGGGCUCAGCUCGUCGACCCCGUAGAUGAACGGUGCAUUAAGGCGCGAGCGCGAGUCUCGCGCGGAAGGAAUCCUGGAACGGGGAGGGAACCUUUCCUCCAAGGAUUGAUAAGAUGGCGGGAAACGAAUUUGCUCAUGCUGUCGCGACGACACCGGAAUGGACGAACUCGGCGUCGAGGGUCUGGUAGGCAUGUGCCGAUCGUGACUAUCGCUGCGUUGAAGCCUGCGAGGGCUCGAUAUGAUGAGGCGACGACCGUCCUGCAUGGCGUCUUGGGGUAUUGGAGUAGCAGAGCGAACGAUAACGCCCUGAACAGGAGAUUGAGGGGCGUCGUGUUUGCAACCUCACCCUGCGCCGUAGAUAUGAAGGCGUGGUGGCUGGUCCCUACAGGCUUUCGCGUGCAUCAGGCAUGUUGAGGCUAUGUAAAGCACACCAGAAGUGCAAACUCAGGGUACCAUGCUCAGGGUACCAUGAGGCGUCCACGCACCUGCUGUGAUUGGUGUUGAGUCUGCUGCACACGAGGUACGUGUGACAUGAACGUGCAUUCCCGCCACCGCGCAGUCUGCUGAAGCUUUGGGCCGGGAGUCGCAUAUAUAACAUAACGUCUGGUCAGACUGGUCACGCUCAUCCGACCAGAGCGAUGAUAUCUACGCCUGACGACUUGUGAGUCGUCUAGCAGAGAAGGCCUUUUGAAGGAGGGCGCCAUAGAAUACUUUAGUGUGCAUUAUAACGAGUA